CAAGGUAGUGGGCACCGAGUCACCAGGCACAACAGUGGGCUCUGAGUCAAUUGGCACGACAGCGGGCACCGGGUCAUCAGGUACCGGAUCGUCUUGCUCGACAGCAGGCACCGGGUCAUCUGGCGUUGGAUCAUCUGGCUUGACAGCAGGCAUCGGGGUCACCAGGCAUGACGCGGGGCACUGGGUCAUCAGGCAUUGGAUUGUCUGGCUCGACAGCGGGCAUCGGGUCACCAGGCAUGACAGCAGGCACUGGGUCAUCAGGCAUUGGAUUGUCUGGCUCGACAGCGGGCAUCGGGUCACCAGGUAUGACAACGGGCACUGGGUCACCAGGCAUCAGGUCAUUUGGCUCGCCAGCGGGCACUGCGUCAUCUGGCAAGGCAGUGGGCACCGAGUCACCAGGCACGACAGUGGGCUCCGAGUCAACUGGCAUGACCGCGGGCACUGGGUCAUUUGGCUCGACAGCGGGCACCGCGUCAUCUGGCAAGGCAGUGGGCACCGAGUCACCAGGCAUGACAGUGGGCUCUGAGUCAAUUGGCACGACAGUGGGCACCGGGUCAUCAGGCAUGACAGCGGGCACUGGGUCAUCAGGCAUUGGAUCGUCUGGCUCGACAGCGGGCAUCGGGUCAUCAGGUACCGGAUCGUCUGGCUCGACAGCGGGCAUCGGGUCACCAGGUAUGACAGCGGCACUGGGUCAUCAGGAGUGAUAGGAUCAUCAGGCUAGAUCAGUUCAUCAGGCUGGGUAGAGACAUCAGGCUGGGUAGAGACAUCAGGCUGAAGUGCGGGUGCCGAGGCACCAGGCUGAACCAUGGAAGGCAGGUUCUCAGACGACAGGCUCACCGGUUUGGAUACUGGCAGGAUGGUACUGGUUGGAAAG